AGGCUUGGCAAAUCAUCUCCUCGACUCCUCCCAGACCCUCCAAUGUCUCCGUUGUCAGCGAUAUCAACGCGAGUGUUCAGGCCCUUCCCCAGCUAGGGAGAAUAAAUGUUCGUUCUGCCAUGCGCGGAAUCAGCUGUAGAAUCCCACCUCUCACGCUCACAGAACCGGAACGAACAGAGUCGACAGUCCGCACAACACCAACCAACACCAUCACAACGACGGGCGUCCGCACAACUCCACCGCAGCAUACACCCCGAAGUGACCCCCCGAUGUUCUCUAAAGGACACGGCGGUGUUCGAACGAAUCAUCCCAGUACGCAUACACUCAGAGGCUCACCAAACCCGAUGGAUCCUUCUGCUAUAUUUCGACCGUCGAGUUCGUACGCGUCGGCGAGUUCGGCGUCAUGACAGGAAAAAGUGCACGCGUUUGUGCACGAGGUUGAGGACUAAAAGGUUAAGGCUCGAAAUAGGUGUUGGGAGUAUUUGAAAUGCGACAGCUGCAGUUACACAUCCGAAAACUUUUACAUCGAAACUCCACCCUCGAGCUCCCGCAUUUCUCACCAGCAAUUGCGUUUCCGGGUAUUCUUUUCGAACGAUUACGAAAGCGAUAGGUAAUGACAUUUGUGAAAGAAGUAUUGGAAUCACCCCAACAAAUAUUGCUCAUGGAAGUCCAACUCUAGGGCAGUCAACCUCGAUCGACACCUGCAUUGUGUGUCUGCCCAUCGAAUCGGUACAUCAGAGUCUCCCCGUGGAGUUCUGGGGGCAUGCAGUCAAACU